GUAAUUCGUUUAAUUUUUCAAACUGCAUUCGCCAUGAUUCUUUAAAAUAAUCAGAAUUAUUUUAUAAAGGAACCGCGGUUCGUGGUUUGGAAUCUCCCUAGAUUUAGGGAGCUGCGGAGCUGCGCGAGUCAAGUAUCCUCGCUGGUGAACUGAUGUAUAAUUAAUCGAACCGGUAACAAACGCCUUCGAGUGAGAAAUAUAAAUGACAGAGAAUACGCGUUGGGGAAGCGAAGUGCGAUGAAAUUGGAGAAAAUGUGAAAUUAACGAAAGAAGGGUUCAGAUUCGCUCGGCGGCGAGGAGGAUCGAAAUAACGAGGAAAGGAAAGAGAGAGAAGACUCGUGAUUUUGGAUCGCUUGAUCGGCCGAACAAAGUGGUAGACGCCGAGGGUCUCAUGAGAAAGAGACGAGCUCUGAAUGCGUGCUGCGUCAUCAUAGAAUGGACACACAAGGAGGAAUGUCCCGCAACACUGGGCCUGGUUUAUACGAGUUCCUUAUGGAAGCAGAGCUUCAACAAUAUUAUCCUGGAAUUCGAGGGGACUUGAAAGUACAGACAACCGCUCAAUUGAAAUAUGUAACAGAAGAAGAUUUGAACGCGAUUGGAAUGAGCAAACCAGAGAUGCGUCGUUUAAAGAAGUAUUUUCAAAAGCAUUUCCCCCAAAAUUACCUCUCCAAAUUCAAAAAGAUGCUGUUACCAAAACGGGAGGAGCCAACGAUGGGUGGUUUGACCAUGUUACCUGAAGAAAGGCAAGACAGACCACCGAUUCGUGUUCCUAAUAAACAUAUGAUACCAGCCGAUGCUAUAAUUGUGAACAAAGAACUGGGAACAGGGGAGUUCGGAGUUGUACAGCAGGGUGUUUGGACGAACGACGGGGAGAGGAUACAAGUAGCCAUUAAGUGUUUGUCGCGAGAAAGAAUGCAGAACAAUCCCAUUGAAUUUUUGAAGGAGGCAGCCAUAAUGCACGCGAUAGAUCACGAGCACAUUGUAAGAUUGUACGGGGUAGUUUUGGAUACAAAUUCCCUGAUGCUCGUCACAGAAUUGGCACCACUGAGAUCGUUACUGGAAUGCUUAAAGGAGCCCAGCUUGCGUGCCAGCUUUCCAGUUCUUUCAUUAUGCGACUUUGCUGUGCAAAUAGCAGACGGCAUGCAGUAUUUGGAAGUGAAGAGACUGAUACACCGUGAUCUUGCUGCCAGAAAUAUUUUGGUCUUCUCCAAGAACAAAGUGAAGAUAUCGGAUUUCGGAUUGUCCCGUGCUUUGGGUGUGGGUAAAGAUUACUAUCAAACGAAUUUCAAUGUGAAUCUGAAGCUACCCAUAGCCUGGUGCGCUCCAGAAUGCAUAUCUUACUUGAAGUUCACCUCAGCAAGUGACGUAUGGGCUUACGGAGUGACAUUAUGGGAAAUGUUCAGCUAUGGUUUUCAACCAUGGGCAGCACUGACCGGUCAUCAAAUCUUGGAGGCGAUAGACGAACCAAAUUUUCAAAGAUUGGAGCAACCAGAGUGUUGCCCAAAAGAUUAUUUCGCCCUCAUGCAACAAUGCUGGCAGCACGAACCAUCGAAGCGACCGAAAUUCUCUGAAUUAAUUAAUCUCCUGCCUGAUUUGAAACCGGAACAAGUUCAAGCUGUUCAGGACAGCACGGAGACCGGCCAGCUUGUAUACAGGCAAGGCGAUGUUAUCACCGUUCUGGAUAAAGGAAGCAGUAAUACUUUAUGGAAAGGUGUAUUGAAUAACGGGAAAACUGGCUUCUUUAAUCCUGCUCACACGAUAGCUUAUCUGGGAUCUAAUCUACCAAGCAAUAAACCUGGAGAAUUUACACGCGGGGACGGUAAAAAUGCCUUCUCCUCCCAGAGACGAAAGAUUCGUACGGACAUGAUUUCUUCACCGCAAGGUGACUUGAAGCACACCGGCCAUGUCGGAUUGGACGGAGCUUAUUUCGGUGAUAUCGGUUUCCUUGGCGGAAAGUAUCCGCAUUUACCGCGACAGGUGGUCACUCCGUACAAGCCGCAAGAGGAUGUAACAGACAAUUCUAGUCAAGCUUUAAACCAAGAUGCAAGAAGCACAGAGAUGAACAGGGAAUUAUUAAGGGACAAUAGAAACGCUCAGCAAGAUAAGCAUGAAAAUUUGUGGUCAGAUGCAAGUUCUGAAGUAUGCCACAUGGCUAAUUCGAGUAAACAAUCUGUUUCGUUAAAUGUAGCUGGCAACAAUGAUUCUCUUGGAGCGGAUCACGAAUAUCACGAGAUCAGCGAUGAAGAAAAUCAAGAUAGCCCUUUAAGAUUUGACAAAACGUUGAAUUUCGAUUUUGGUCCAAGUUUGUUGGCUGAAAUGGAUCAAAUGUUCAGAUCACUAGGCUCUUCACCUCCUCCGCCACCUCCUGUUCAUCCUUUGUCCACUGAACAUGAAUCGAGUAAUGUCAGGAAUGAACUGAGGGAGAUCCAAGCGAAGCAGAGCAAUAAGAAGAAACAAGCCACCGUGAAGCCUAUCUCAGCCGCCGAUCAGAAAACUCUCUACUCAGCCAUUGCUAUGGCACAGGAAUUGACAGCACGUUCCAUGACAGAUCUUGAACAUCCACCGGAGUCUCCCCGAACACCCGCCAGUCCUUCAAGACGCAGAAAGUUCUCUUUUAAGUUGCCACAUCAACACAGUCCCAAACCAGACAGACGACACUUUUCAGAGGAAGCUGCCAGUAUACCUGACAUACAGUGGUUGUGUUCGAGCCUGCAAUCAUUGUCAUCCACCGUCUCUAGUAUAGAAUCACUUGGUGCACCGUCCACUCUAAAGUUGCCAUUGUGGGACAAAGCAUCAGCUGAAUUUUGUUUCGCCAAGUCACGAGAACUUCUGACUAAACCCACUGCAUGGACUUCGUACAUGGACAUAGAGUUUGAUGCUCACAUAUUGGACAACGCAGCCAUGAGGCAGAAUCUUGUGAAGUCCACUGAGUUCUUGGAGAAUGGUAACAAGAAAGGCAAUUAUAAUUGUGAAACAAUGACGGAUACGAGUGAUAAGCUAAACGUUCUUCAGCAAAAUGGCAAAGUACCUCCUCUGAGUAUAGAGAAUUCAAAUUUCGACUUUUCCCGAGACCAGAAGAGAGUGUCUACCAGUUACGUGGAUCGUUAUUUUGAGCAAUCAAAGUAUUUCGAUGACGACGGUGCUCUAAGCUGUACCACUGAGAAGACACCAUACUUCGGAGAGGAGAAGAUGGAUAAAUACGAUAAGAUCAACAAUUUGGAGCAACCUAACAGACCAGGUUGUUACUCAAACAUCCAGGAUGGUUCUGCGAACAAGCACAGUCAGCAGUUGUCAAAUAAAUAUGGUAAUUGUGAUCAGCAGCUUAACGACGUACAGUGCGAGGAAACGAGCUUUGAUUUAAUGAAAGACAAACCUGUGAACUUUGAGUUCCCACGUAGUAAGCCAGUUAAGUUUGAUUCGUCCAGGGACAAGGUAGCCAAUAUAGAUCUUGGUACCAGGCCCAAGAUCUCCAGUUCCUUCAGCGAUUCCUCUAAGAUGAACAUUCCAGAAUUCCCAAAGAAGAUAGAUGUGUCGAAGAACAGGGGUGGGAAGGUAGCUUUCGCUUCAAGAAACAGCAAUCAGGAACCUAAGAGUGUGAUUUAUGGAUCCACGGAUAGCAUAAAGACUAAUUUGAAAGCUGGAGAAUCAGAGAACUCAAGAGCAAACAUGGAAGCGGUGAGGAUCAAUAUACAGAGCUUCCGUAAGAUAGAACAGAAUCAGAAUGGCCAUGAUGGUUUCCCUUUUGUAAUAUCCAACAAUCCCUUGUUCAUAGCUGAGUCUGAGAAAAAGGAGUCGCCUGUUUAUAGCAGCUCAGAGAGCCUGCGAGUAAAUUUUCAACGACUCAGACGAAAAUCAGACGCAGAGGCUAAUAAUCAGGUUGAAUUGAACAGCAAACUGCUGGCAGAGAAGUAUCAACGCGAGGUGUCUGGUUUGGAGAGCGUGAAGAAUUACCUGGACUCCAAGAAGGGCCAGGGACUGAACCUGGGUCUGGGUAAGCUGACGCAGAACAUGAUCCAACUUGGCAAGAACAUUGCGCAGAACUCAAGGAACAUAGAAACCACUGCGUCCAAGUCAUUGGUGACAAACAUGAGGAAUCUGGACAUAUCUGGGCAAAGUCAGACACCUCUCAGGAGCUUGAACAUUCCUACGCAGAAGCCUAAGCACCUGGACUUGAACAUUCCUCUUCAGUGUCAGUCACAGAUCAGCAUGAAGCUGAAUUUAAUGCAGAAAAGCAAUCCCCCAUCCAGUCCCACCAUACACCAACAUAUUCUGGAGCCACCAAAGUUGUAUCAGAACGACAAUACAAGAAAGGAGGUGGCGAAGACUGAUGUUCUGUUGGAGAAAAUGUCUACCACCACUACAAACAUGUACAGACACAGAACCUCGUCCCUGUCAGAGAACAGAAAACCACCGAUGAAGAACAUAAGGAGGUCCUUUCAUCCAACGAACGAUUCCAGCGAAGAUUCAGACUCCAUAUCCCAUUCAGAGACUGACAUAAGAAGUCGUCUGCGUUACAAGCGACGCCAUAAGAAGGUUCCCCACAACCUGCGCCUGAACUUCAAGAACAAAGGACACUUCUUGCAUCCUGAAUCAGCCAGAGGCUUCUCGUCGAUAGAGCUCUGUGGGAAAUCACCACCACCUUCGACCAGCUUCUUGAACUCCUUGUCACCGCCUUUCUCUUCCAGAAACAACUUGCUCUCUUGGCCAGAAAGUGCCCCCAGUUCUAGUCUGACGUUCACCAGCAACUCGGACCUGGAUUCAGACACCAGCUCUGAGUAUCCAGAGUUCACCAGCGACGCUACGUUGUCCGACGAGGCCAAGGAAGUGUACAACAGUCUAGUGGAGACGCCCAGCAUAGAGGCUGCUCCGGAUACGAAUCCUUUGCGCAUGCUCCGCUCGGGCGUCCCUAUAGUGAGGCCAAGAAUCCGCGGGAACAAGCACGCGACUCUGGGCCACACGGUGUCCCAUCAGGAGGAUCUGUCCAGCGAGACGUUCCACUUCGACGCGUACAACAGUGGCUCGAAGACGUUGCCCAAGAUCAGGGCACCGCCGCCCCCCCACGCACCGCCUCCUCUUCCCCAGACGCGACACCUGGAGAGGCAUCAUUCCGCCCAGGAGAUCGAGAACAAUCAGAAUCAAAGUAACGUGGACGAGAACCCUAUACCACUGCCCCCCAGGGACAGGUCGAAAACGUUGCAGCCAAAGUCUAGUUUGCCCAGACAUCAGAGGAAGCAUCCCUUGAUCAUACCUGGUGGUGGGGUCACAAGGACAUUGGCUAAGAUGGCGGUGACCACACCGCCUAUAGAGGAUCAGGUCGAUGGUAGUCUGCAGAGUGCCAGCUCAUCGGUGGCCAGUAGCUCACUACAGGAGGACUAUUCGUCGGAGACCUCGGUCAACAGUCCAGAGGAAUUUGAACAGCGUAUAGACUCCGAGUUGGCAGCACUGGACACUCUUCCAACCGAUGAGAACAAGCUGCACCGUUUCAGUGUCAUCUCUGAAGACCUGCUCGAGUUCUCGGAUAACCUGAUCGACUGCGACACCUCGGAUAACCUUGUCGACUGCGACACCUCGGAGUACCGACAGAAUAGCCAGGAGAGCAGGAGCGACGCACAGUCCACAGACUCGGAUCGCCAACAGAGGAAGAUCAGCGUCGAGUCCAAGUGUUCCUUCAGGAGUUCAGCCUCCAAAUGUAUCCAAGAGAGCGAGACAGGUGAGGCGAGUAGGAACUCUACCCCCACAGGUUCAAGCAGAUCAGAGGAUUCUGUUGUGUCCGGCAAAGCGGAGCCCAAGCUUCAAACGUCCAACGCAAGGACACCGUCGGUACAGAGACCUUCGAAUUACACGAUGCAGUACGACUAUGGGGAGUAUCCGGAGGGUGGCUCACAGAGCAGAACGAGCAAACAGCCAGCAGAAGUCGCAGAGUCGAAAGAGUCUUCCACCGUUGAUUCCAACGAUAGCUUCCAUUCUUCCGGUUUGACCAGCACCUACGACAGGUUGUCGAACGAGAAACUGUCGGCUCACACGAGCGAUUUGUCGCGUCAGUCGGAUCACGUGUCAUGCGAGGAUCUUCUGGAGUUCGCCUGCGACGGGCCAAACGCGAGGAGGACCCGUGGCCCUCGCAAUGGCAAGCAGUCCGACGAGGUUAGGAUCAUGAUGAAGGUAUUGCACGAACAUUCCACCCCCGAGUCGUGCAUAGCCGCGUUGAAUGUCACCGAUUGGGACGUACUGGCGGCGAUCAAGCUGGAACGUCUUCAGGGAUUGCUGAAGAAAGAGAACAAUUUCGUUGGCCUACAGGACUGCAAGGUUAUGUUGAACCAAUGUGGAGGUGACGUGGUAAAAGCGGCCGCGUUGUUGAGAAGCACCGAUGACACGGCUGCUGUUUAAUCGCUUUGGUUAACUGGCUUACUCCAGCCAGACGAUCAUACCAAGCGUUGGAGGUUAGGAUGUGGAAGCCAUUUUGAGCGGAGUACGCUUCUUGUUCUUGGGACGAAGAAGAGUGGUUAAGUAGUAUUUUCGAAAACAAGAUGCUUUUUCAUUUUUUUUUUCUUGCUUGUGCGUUUAAGUAGAUGAAUUGAUGCAACGUUUAUUUAUUAUUUUAGGAUAAAACGAGGAUAGUAUUCUUUGUUUGUUGCCUAAGGACAGAUAGGCGCACAGGUUUAGUGUUUCUCCUGCAGACAAAUGGUAUAUGACGAUCCACUGGAAAUGAAAUACUUAAUCAAAAUACUCUUAUUAUUGGUAAUGAUGUAUGAACUUAUACUUGGAACAAAACUUGUGUCCUUUUGUGUAUAUUAGAUUUAAGAACGCUCGGACGAGAUAACCCUUAUUGGUUAUUUAGGGAAGCAUUUUAAUUCCUCUGAAGAUCUUCCACUGGCACUUACAUGACAUAGAUGUUACAUUAAAUAUUCCCUUUCUGGUGGAUCGGAUUCUAUAGAGUAAUAGCUUUUUUUUUUUUUUUUUAAUUUAAUUUAACUUUUAGCAAGAAAUUCUGUUUCUGCCUUGUUUAAUGCAAACGUAAUGUGAUAAUUUGCACAAUAAACGUAUCGGGUUUUGUGAUCUAAUAACCGUGUGGAAUAGAAACGUAGCCGAAUGUGUACGUACAGGGUGUUUGAAAAAAAAAAGAAUUGCAAAGUCCUUUACCAUUUUGCAGUUUUCGGAUUGUAAUCUUUGAGACACUCUGUACAUAUUUUACAGUUACUAAUUUCAUGAGUAAAUGAAAUCGAAGCAUCUACCAGCGGAAGUGUACAAUUUCACGCAUGGUAAAUGUGUACACUGAGUUGCAUUGAACUUGUCGCAGUGAAGUUGGCUACAAAUUCACUAGCGCAUUCACGCCGCGUCGGUGAGUGAAUGCGUGGCCAACUUCACUGCGACAAGUUCAAUGCAACUCAUUGUAUGUACGCGUACUGUAACGACACUUCGAUCAUGACAUGUUUGCAAAUUUUUAGUUAAGCGAGCGUGUCGAGAGAAAGUAUUACGAAAGCUAUUGAUUAAGCAGCGAAUCAAUCCUUGUGUCGCGUGAUACAGUGAUCAAAUCCAUUGUAGACGAUCUUGCGUUUCUUCGUACAGAAAAAUCUGAUUCUCUCUGUUUAAAAGUACCUUCGAAAGUACAGGAAAGCAUGCGUUUUGUAAAAGACAAUCAUUGCGUAGUACUCAACGCUGUUCCGCGAACAUGAGAUUAACGUUCGAAGCGAUUCAGAACCAUUUAUACCUGAAUAACUUCACUGUUUUCAAACAAUAUCAUCGGCGGAAAGAGAAAUUUCGAUUCCAAAGAUAAUAUUCAGACGGUAUUAUUGUUUGGUAUCAUACGCGCACCGUAGUUUAGCGUUUUCACUGUAAUUCAUCAUACCAUGUUUCAAUAAUGAGAGACAACGCUCCUCUUGUAACGGUGGAUCGGUGGAUUCUCAAGACUUUUCCUGUAUUAAGUGCGAAUUUAAUCUCAUAAGUAAUAGUAUUUAGAUGUGUAUGAAAUAGUGAUGUGCGGCCCGACUAGUCGGGUCGGUUCGGAAGACAUCGGGCGGGCUCGGGCGGGUGUCCGACUGUUUCGGGUCAGGUCGGAUAAAGUCGAGCGGAUUCGGACGAGCUCCCGCGGAACGCGGCCUAAUUCUUAUGUACUUAUUAAUACUUGCAAUAAGCAUGCGCAAAAUCUGUUUUAUGUGGAAUUUUGGAAUAAGAUAAUUUUUAUAUGGAAAAAUAAUACUUGUAAAGAAUUUAUUUGAAAUGAAUUUCAUUCCAUGCCACCUGUAUGUUCAUUUUAUACAAAAUAGAUUUUGAUCAUGCUUAUUGCAAGCAUUAACAAGUACACGAGAGUUGGUACCGCGGGAGCUCGUCCGAAUCUGCCCGACUUUAUCCGAGCUGACCCGACUGCACGCGUGCAUCGGACACCCGCCCGACCCUGCCCGAUUUUUCCCGAGCCCACCCGACCCCGUAAUAUCGGGUACCCGCGCAUCCCUAGUAUGAAAUAAUCAUGGUUAAUGGUUAGCACAAACAAGAGAGAGAGAGUGAGAAUGAGAAAAUGAUGCUUGUUAUAAUAAUUGUAUUACGGUCCAAGAUCAAACAAGGAUGAUCCUGGAUAAGUAUUGGAAGUGCAGAACAUUUUGUAGAACGUAGCCAACGUUGCAAGUAAACGUCCUUUGUAUUUGACCCGGUAGUAGGGUACGAUAAAACCACCAAAUAUUAUGUAUGAAAUCUCUGUGUUCAGUAAGAUUGAUUUUUAUAUUUUGUUAGAGAGCUUUCGCGUUAAUCUUGUUAAGUUGUAAGAAAUCUGGGUGAUCAUGGGGGGGGGGAUAAUUAUUGUUAGAGAGCGUGAAUUGAAUUCAAUUUGAUUUAUAACCUCUGUAAGAAUAUCAAAUGAAUAGGCACUGUUCAUUUGAUGUCUCAGGUAGAAGAAAUUUCACUUUUUUCCUCGUGUGUAGUUUCUUGGACAUCAUGCAAAUUAAUGUUACAUAUUUUUCUUUUCUUUUUCACACAGUGUUCGCUGUAUUACUAUAAUGGAUUGCAUGACUUCUGAGAUACUUGGCACAUUGAAAAUGUUCAGCAGCCAUAAGAGUCGAAGAACAUAUCCAGAAUCAGAUUCCCUUGGACUCGAGGCAAAUGUCCAGUACUGUACCGCUUGAUUGAGUAAUAUUUUUCCAUGUAUAUCUUUUGUACCAGAGUCUUUUCUACGAGAUACUUCCUUUUGGGUGAUGUUGUUCGAGUCCAGGCGAAUUGGAGAAUGAAAAUUGCUCACCGUACUUUCGUAUAGCGCGUUUGUAAACGUUUUAUUAAGGAAAACGUGAUGGAAAAAAAGGGAUAAUGUUAAUUGGAUAUCCUUGCCGACCGUACUUUUGUAUCCUUCAACGAAGCCAAAUAGGAGCUUACGAAAAUCGCCUAAGUAAUGUUACUUAGUAUCAUUUUGUAAUAACGUUGAACAAUAAGGUUUUCGGUUCCUGAAUAAAAAUACGCGUAUCGUGUAUUUUUCUUUUUUAUGCUGAAUAGACUCUCUUUUCUCUGUCACGUAUUGGCUCUAACAAAGACAGGGCAUUAGAGCAACAAUAUCCUAAUGGAAUCAUGAAAGCUGAAACUAGUUUUUAAGUAUUGGGAUACGUACAAGUACAGUUUAGUAAGCAAUUCUCUAGUUAUUACCUAACAUAUUGAAGUUUCUAAAACGCUACUUUCUUAUGGUAUAACCCUUCAGUUUUCUGAUACUUCAUUGAAUAUAGUUAUUCCCAUUACAAACUGUGAAAGAAUAAUUGACAAGAUACUUCAGGCUGAUACGUGAAUGGAAAGAGAGCUUAGAAAUAAAGGUAGAGUGUUCAGUAUAAAGAGAUCAAUUAUUUUUGCGCAGGAACCACUAAUGAACUAAUUAGAUUCAGCUCGUUCGAAGAGCAAUCCACCUCGAUCAGUUUUCCUGAGCCAAUGUACUUAGUCGAUUCUCGAGGAGAGAGAAGUAGAUGAAGAAAUUUUUGAUAAUCCCCGACAUCGGAGAUAAUGUAGGGAUCUUUACACGUUUGUAAGGUUCGUUUCACGCAAGAUCGUUGCGCCCGAUAAAAUCUGUACGCAUCGAAGAACACGGUUGCGUCUUGCGAACGGAUCCAACGACCUCGGGGAUAAUAAUCGAAAUUAAGCUCGCCAAGUCUCCUGAAGGAAGAACCGAUGCCUAUCUUACGCAGUAGGAGUAUGUUCAUCCUAUAAUCCGUUUUUUUAUACGCGAUUCUUAAUACGAUAAGGCAAUACGUUUGUACGUCUCUACAAUUAUUAACGCGCGGAAACACGAGGAUGUUUUAUAUCGACUGUAUUUACGAUAAUAUAUACACAUUCAUAAUUGAAAACGAA